AUGGCCGAGCCGGCUCCGUUACCUCUGACUUUUGAAGAUGUUGCCAUUUAUUUCUCUGAACAAGAAUGGCAGAAUCUGGAGGCAUGGCAGAAGGAGCUUUACAAGCAUGUAAUGAGAACCAAUUAUGAGAUUCUUGUUUCUCUAGAUGAUGGACUUCCCAAACCAGAACUAAUAUCACGGAUUGAACAGGGGAAAGAGUUCUUCAAGAACUGGGGAGAAUCACAGAAAUCAGGAAACAUAAUUUGCUCUUCAGCUGAUCUGCAUUUUGAUCCAGUUAUUGAGGGACAUCUGUUUUGGCGAAGUCAACAAGCUGUGAAAUCAGGAGAAGCUAAAUGCCGGUUCCAAGUAGAUCUCCUACAGGGCCAGUGCCCCUCUGAACCCUCACUAGGAGGAAGGGCAGAUGCUUCCUUCAGGCCUGACGGGAGGAUCGCUCUCGUGAAUCCACACAGACAUGUCGCAUGGGCUCCAAUUCCAGUAGUCCCCAGCUGCAGGGAACCUACCCGGAGAGAAGGAAUCCCAAGUCCCAGAACUCUGGCUCCCCCUGCCUUUCAGGAGGAAAGCUCCUGGGAGGGCACCCAGCACCCAAGCGCUGUUAGUGAGGAAAGCUUUUGGAAGAAGAAUCACUUAGAGAAGCACCAGAGCCACUUGAGUGACCAGCCGUGUAGGCCCUGGAAGAAAUUCAGCAAACAAGCCGAUCCACAGCAACAGCGCAGCAUCCCUCAGGGUCGGAGGCAUUUCCGGUGUCACGACUGCGGGCGGAGCUUCCACCGGAAGCGGUAUUUGCUCAGGCAUCUGGCUGUACCGGUGGGGACGAGCCCCCCGCAGGGCCCUGGAUGUAAACGGUGCGGCCCGCGCAAGCAGAGCCUUCUCGGCCACCGCCUCCGGCGCAGGGGGGAGAGGCCUUCCCAGUGCCCCAGGUGCGACCGGAACGCUCUCCCGAAGAACAGCCUGGCGGCUCCCCAGGGCCAGCCCAGCAGGGGGAGGCUGGUCUCCCGUGGCGAAGGCGACCUGGCCCUCCCAGGGAAGGCACGGCGGGCCAGCUUGCGCUCGGGAGGGAAGCCUGGCCCGUGGCCGGGGGCCGCGGAGACUGUCCGGCACCGCCCCGCCGGGGAGAGGCCGUUGUCUUGCCCCGAGGGUGGCGAGCGCUUCGCUGCCGGGUCCCAGCUCCCCAGCCACAAACGGGUGCACGCGGGAGACCGGCCCUUCCGGUGCCAGGAGUGCGGCGACAGCUUCCGCCCGGGUGGCUCGCUGGAGGUCCACCGGCGCGCGCACGGCGGCGGCAGACCCUUCUCCUGCGCCAAGUGCGGCAAGGGCUUCGCCAAGCGGUGUAAGCUCACGGAGCACGUCCGAGUGCACAGCGGGGAGAGGCCCUUCGGGUGCGCCGACUGCGGCCGGAGCUUCCGCCAGAGGGGACAGCUGCUGCGGCACCGGCGCCUGCACACGGACGAGAAGCCCUUCCAGUGCCCGGAGUGCGGGCUGAGCUUCCGCCUCCAGAGCAUGCUGAGAGCACACCGGCUCCGUCACGGCGGGGAGAGGCCGUUCUCCUGCGGCGAGUGCGGCAGGGGCUUUGCGCACCGCUGCAAGCUCCGGGAGCACCUGCGGGUGCACAGCGGGGAGAGGCCCUUCCGGUGCCCCGAGUGCGGCAAGAGCUUCCGCCUCAAGGGCAUCCUGAAGGCCCACCAGCGCACCCACAGCAAGGAGAGGCCCUUCUCGUGCGGGGAGUGCGGCAAGGGUUUCACCCGGCAGUCCAAGCUCGCCGAGCACUUCCGCGUGCACAGCGGCGAGAGGCCCUUCCGCUGCUCCAGCUGCGACCGGAGUUUCCGCCUCAAGGGGCAGCUGCUUAGUCACCAGCGCCUGCACACAGGCGAGAGACCCUUCCAGUGCCCCGAGUGCGGCAAGAGCUACCGCGUCAAGGCCGACAUGAAGGCCCACCAGCUGCUGCACGGCGGGCAGAUGCCCUUCUCCUGCGAGUGCGGCAAAGGCUUCGCCAAGCAGUCCAAGCUCAUCGAACACGUUCGGACGCACACGGGGGAGAAGCCCUUCCAGUGCCCCACGUGCGACAAGAGUUUCCGCCUGAAGGCGCAGCUGCUCAGCCACCAAGGCCUGCACACAGGCGAGAGGCCCUUCCACUGUCCCGAGUGUGAUAAGAACUUCCGAGAGAAGGGACACAUGCUGAGGCACCAGCGCAUACACAGACCCGAGAGGCCGUUCGCCUGCGGCGACUGUGGCAAGGGCUUCAUCUACAAGUCCAAACUUGCCGAACACAUACGCGUGCACGCCAAAUCUUGCAGUGCCCCCAGCGAGCCUGACGUCAAGAAGAGGCUCAGCCAGCUGUUCGCGAUGAUCGAGGCUGACUGGAGUUGA